UCAAAGUUAGCCAAAGGAGCAUCAUAUUUUCAUCACCAUUCCAUUCACAUCAACAAGAAGUUCAUCAACUGCAAAGGAAAGAGGUUUCCAGCUCCUCGAAGUCGAGGGAGACUCCAAACUUGUUAUUGAUGCGGUUAAUGGAGUUUCCCACCCACCUUGGAGACUGCGGAAGAUUAUCUAAGAUAUUAAGACUAUUGCUUCAACUUUCUCCACUAUCACCUUUAGACAUGUUCUUAGAGAGACAAACUUUGCUGCUGAUUCGGUUACUAAUCUAGGCCACAAUUAUUCUUAUAGUAUCAUGUGGGUUGAUAGGUUCCCACCUGUUGUUGCUAGACCUACUUUGUUUGACUCUGUAAACUGUGGAGGUCCUCGUGACCUGCGUCCCAAAUCUAUAAUCUUUCGUAUCAGAUAAAAAAAAAAAAAAAAAAAAAAAAAAACCAUAGCACGACUACAACAUAACCUCGAUUUUCUCUCCUUCCAGUCCCCCAUUCAUGUCACUGGAUAACUUAAAAGCCCGCAGAGACCCAAAACGGGCCCAUAUAUAGCCCACCAACGCGAAAGGUAGCAACAGUUUGAACAUCUAUGAUCCCUUAGCUUUUGAGAUUGGCCGUGCACGAACCUCUCGUUUUUUCCUAUAUUUCACACUUCAACUCAUUCACUCACUCUCACUCACAGUCGCCGCAUAAAUCCGACUCCGAGAAACUUCCCCGUCAAAGCAAAACGAUGUCGUAUGUGCCUCCUCACCUGAGAAACUCAACCUCAACCACCACCACCACUACCACCGCCACCGCCAGAACCUCCUCCGGAACCGAUGCUGAUCGGAGCAAGCUCUCUUACUCCUCCUCCAACUCUCACUCCAACAACAACGACAAGUCGUCCGCUGCUUCAUUCUCCUCGUUCUCGCACUCCAAUGGCUCCCGGUGGAGUUCCGCCGCUCACUCGCCGGCUAACCGAGCUAUCUCCCCGCCCGACGCCGUCGUCCCUCAGUGGAAGCCGUCGGAACGGGUCCUCCGAAUGAAGCCGGAACUGAUUGAGGAGGUGUGUUUGCGGCUUAAUUUAGAUGUUUCUGUUAGUCUGGACUCUGCUCCUCCCCCGGCACCAAUUGAGUCUUUUACAGAUAUGUGUUUGCACCCUAGCAUUAUGAAGGAUAUAGCAUUUCAUGGAUACACUAUGCCAACACCAAUUCAGGCUCAAGCCAUGCCAGUUGCCCUCAGUGGAAGGGAUUUAUUAGGUUGCGCUGAAACUGGUAGUGGUAAAACUGCUGCAUUUGCCAUUCCUAUGAUACAGCAUUGUUUGGCUCAACCUCCCGUUCAGCGUGGUGAUGGACCACUAGCAUUGGUACUGGCCCCAACUAGAGAGCUUGCACAACAAAUAGAGGAAGAGGUCAAGGCUUUUAGUAAAUCUCUUGAGUCCUUCAAAACUGCAAUAGUUGUGGGUGGAACCAACAUAGCUGAGCAGAGAUCUGAGCUUCGAGCAGGAGUUAAUAUUGUGGUUGCUACUCCUGGAAGAUUCAUAGAUCAUUUACAGCAAGGGAACACUUCUGUGUCUAGAAUUUCGUUUGUUGUUCUAGAUGAAGCUGAUAGAAUGCUUGACAUGGGUUUUGAACCACAGAUAAGAGAGGUGAUGCGGAACCUUUCUGAGAAGCAUCAAACUUUGCUGUUUAGUGCAACUAUGCCUGAAGAGAUUGAAGGGUUAGCCCAGGAAUAUUUGACUAAUCCAGUGCAAGUGAAGGUGGGAAAAGUGAGUAGCCCUACAGCAAAUGUAACUCAGAGUUUGGAGAAGGUUCCUGACAGUGAGAAGACUGAUCGGCUUCUGGGUUUGCUCGUAGAGGAGUCAUCUCGAGCUGAAAGAGCUGGACAUCCAUUUCCCUUAACUAUUGUAUUUGUUGAAAGGAAGACACGCUGUGAUGAUGUAGCUGAAGCUUUGGUAGCACAAGGUUUGCAUGCAGUUGCUCUUCAUGGUGGACGUACUCAAACUGAAAGAGAGGCUGCUCUGCGUGAAUUUAGAAAAGGCACUACCAACAUCUUGGUUGCCACCGAUGUUGCAUCUCGUGGUUUGGACGUCUCUGGAGUUGCUCACGUUAUCAAUUUGGAUCUUCCGAAGAGCAUGGAAGAUUAUGUACACCGGAUUGGAAGAACUGGAAGAGCGGGAUCAAUGGGACAAGCUACUUCCUUCUACACUGAUCGUGAUAUGUUCCUUGUGGCGAAUAUAAAGAAAGCAAUAGCUGAUGUGAGAUCUGGGAAUGCUCUAGCUUUUGCUACGGGGAAGACUGCAAGAAGGAAAGAAAGAGAAGCAGCUGCUGCUCACAAGCAAGCUAGGGUUUCUCUAUCCAAGUCUUCAAGUAUGGGGCCCACAUCAAUAAACAUUGAGGACAAGUAUAAGUUCAUGGUUUCUGAACCGGACAAUCAAACAGAGGGUGCAGCAGAUAGUGCUUGGGACGACUAAUGAAGUCCACCUUUGGUGCAAUCAAGAUUGAUGCAUGGGGCCCCUAGGUUUUGAGGUUAGUAAGAUGUAGGCAUUUGCUUCUAAUUGGUGCUCGGACUGCAAGUUGAAGACGAUUAGUUCCUUGUAAGUUGGCUUCUUGGAGCUGUUGCUUUACAUCAUCGAUGUACCUAGUACCUGUACCAAGGACUAACGUAGUCGAUACUUUUAGAGAUUGUAGGGUUCGCUUGUAGCAGUUUUGCAUUGUAAAUCUUAAAAAUGGAAGUUUACUUGGGAUGUUUGUAGUGCAAUGAAAUAUUUGGCCCGGUAAUGGGUUUGCUAAAGGCAUAUGAUUUCACAGUUUCA